CGGCGGGUUUUGCGCGCUGCAGGAUUACAGGCUGCAGUUUUUGGUGAGACUGUUGGAUGUUAAUCAGUAAAGGAGGUGUUUAGACGCGCAGAAGAAAUCCUCAGACCCUCCUCCAGCGUGUGUGAGGGAGGUUUCAGUCGUUCUGAGCUUCUGUUCUGUGGGAGCUGAUGGACACGGAGACGCUGAUCUGUAAGGAAGUGGACAUUCGGUAGCAGCUCUUAUGAGCUUUAAAGCAGGAGGGAUAACAGACUUCACUGCUGGAAGGUCGUUGACCUUAGCGCCUGACCUUUGACCCGUGGAGCCGCUGCCUGGAGGGAAAGAUGUUCGGCGCCACGCAGACGUCCAAGUCCCAGUUCCUGGAUAAGGCGCGGCUGGCGCGGGAGGAGAGGAAGGGCCAUAAGGAGAAAGAGCGGGCGGCCACCGAGAUCCAGGCCCUGAUCCGCCGCUUCCUCUGCCGCUGCCGCCUGCAGAGAGAGAUCAGGGAAGAGGUGGAUGAGUUCUUUGCAGCGACUGAAACAGGAACCACGAAGAGGAACGCAUUAUCCAUCUUUAAAAUCACGAGAAAACUGCUGUUCAUAUUCGGAAAAGAAGAUAAGCUGAGGUUUGAGAAGCUGUGUCGGAUCAUUCUGAGCAGUAUGGACGUUGAGAAUGAGCCUAAAGUGUGGUACGUUUCUCUGGCUCUGUCUAAAGAUCUCACCAUCCCCUGGCUGAAGCAGAUUAAAGACGUGCUGUGGGUCUCCUGCGAGUUCCUGAAAAAACUGAAGCCGGACAUUCUGCAGGAGAACAAGCUGGUGACUCUUUACCUGACGAUGCUCGGCACCUUUACCGACACAUCCACCUGGAAAAUAAUCAGAGGGAAAGGAGAGGCACUGAAACCUGCACUGAACAGAAUAUGUGAGAACAUCAUGGGUCACCUGAACCAGAAAGGCUUCUACUCUGUCCUGCAGAUUUUACUGACCAAUGGCUUGGCCCGGUCCAGGCCCUCGCUCUCUAAAGGCACCCUCACAGCCAUCUUCACUCUGGCACUCAGGCCUGUGGUAGCAGCUCAUUUCUCAGAUAACCUUCUGAGAUCUUUCCUGAUCCACAUCAUGUCCGUCCCUGCCGUCAUCUCCCACCUCAACACACUCACUCCAGACUGUAUGAUCACAAUCCAGACUCAUGACCUCAUGCGUAAGUUUAUCCUGUUCCUGAGUCGUGAGGAACAGUGUUCCGACAUCUGUGUGUGUCUGGAGGGAAGCCAUACACUCUGCUUACUCGGUAACCUGAUUCAGCUGGGCUACCUGAACGUGAAGGUGCUGGAGCAGGAGGCGGGGCACUUUGUGAAGGAUUUGACGGACAUGCUGUCGUACUGUCAGAGAUACGUCUCUCAGAAGAAGUCCAACCUCACUCACUGGCACCCGGUGCUGGGCUGGUUCUCCCAGACCGUGGAUUAUGGGCUGAAUGAGUCCAUGCCGCUGGUGACGAGGCAGCUGCAGUGUUUAUGGGGGGUUCCAGUGAUCUGCACGCUCUUCUGCGACGUCCUCAGCAAGAAGCUGGAGGUGCAGGAACCCGCCCCCGCCCCCCCUCCUCAACCCAACACACUACAGAACAACCUGCCCGUUAAAAAUCUGUUUAAGAGGGCGUUUCAGAAGUCGGCGUCGGUGAGGAACAUCCUGAAGCCGGUGGGGGGGCGGAGGGUGGACUCGGCGGAGGUGCAGAAAGUGUGCAGUGUGUGUGUUCUGUAUCAGACAGCGCUGACCACACUCACACAGAUCCGCCUGCAGAUCCUCACAGGUCUGACGUAUCUGGACGAUCUGCUGCCGAAGCUGUGGGCGUUUAUCUGUGAGCUCGGCCCUCAGGGAGGACUCAAACUCUUCCUGGAGUGUUUAAAUAACGACACGGACGAGUCCAAGCAGCUGCUGGCCAUGCUCAUGCUCUUCUGUGACUGCUCCAGACACCUCAUUACAAUCCUGGAUGAUAUUGAGGUGUAUGAGGAGCAGAUUUCCUUUAAGAUGGAGGAACUCAUCACCAUCUCCUCCUUUCUGAACACGUUUGUGUAUAAAAUGAUUUGGGACGGCAUCCUGGAGAAUGCUAAGGGGGAGAAGCUGGAGCUGUUUCACAGUGUACACGGCUGGCUGAUGGUUCUGUAUGAGAGAGACUGUCGCCGGAGAUUCACCCCCGACGAGCACUGGCUCCGCAAGGACCUGAAGCCCAGUCUGCUGUUCCAGGAGCUGGAGAAAGGAAAGAAAAGAGCGCAGCUGCUGCUGCAGUACAUCCCCCACGUCAUCCCUCACAAAAACAGAGUUCUAUUGUUCCGGAACAUUGUUACGAAGGAGAAGGAGACGCUAGGAUUGGUGGAGACAAGCUCCGCCUCCCCACACGUUACUCACAUAACCAUCCGUCGCUCUCGGAUGCUGGAGGAUGGUUAUGAUCAGUUGCGCCGGCUGCCUGUGAACUCUAUUAAGGGUGUGAUCCGGGUGAAGUUUGUGAAUGAUCUGGGGGUGGACGAGGCUGGAAUCGAUCAGGACGGCGUGUUUAAAGAGUUUCUGGAGGAGAUCAUUAAGAAAGUCUUCAAUCCAGCUCUCAACCUGUUCAAGACGACCAGCGGGAACGAGCGGCUGUACCCCUCUCCCACCUCCAACAUCCACGAGAAUCACCUGCAGCUGUUUGAGUUUGUGGGGAAGAUGCUGGGGAAGGCUCUGUACGAGGGCAUCGUGGUGGACGUGCCCUUCGCCUCCUUCUUCCUCAGCCAGGUCCUGGGGCACCACCACAGCUCCUUCUACAGCUCCAUCGACGAGCUGCCCUCGCUCGACUCCGAGUUCUACAAGAACCUCACCUCCAUAAAGCGCUAUGACGGUGAUGUGAGUGAUUUGGGGCUGACCCUGUCGUAUGAUGAGGAUGUGAUGGGACAGUUAGUGUGUCACGAGCUGAUUCCUGGAGGGAAGACCAUGCCCGUCACCAACGAAAACAAGAUCAGCUACAUCCACCUGAUGGCUCAUUUCCGGAUGCACACGCAGAUAAAGGAACAGACGGGGGCGUUUAUCCGGGGCUUCCGCAGCAUCAUCAACCCUGAGUGGCUGCACAUGUUCUCCACGCCGGAGGUUCAGAGACUCAUCUCCGGAGACAACGCCGAGAUCGACCUGGACGACCUCAAGAAGCACACAGUGUACUAUGGGGGCUUCCACAGCAGCCACAGGGUGAUCAUCUGGCUGUGGGACAUCCUGUCCAGCGACUUCACUCCAGACGAGAGAGCCAUGUUCCUUAAGUUUGUUACCAGCUGCUCCAGACCCCCUCUGCUGGGCUUUGCGUACCUCAAACCCCCCUUCUCCAUCCGCUGUGUGGAGGUCUCAGACGACCAGGACACGGGGGACACCCUGGGCAGUGUGCUGAGGGGUUUCUUCACCAUCCGUAAGAAGGAGCCGGGGGGUCGCCUGCCCACCUCCUCCACCUGCUUCAACCUGCUCAAACUCCCCAACUACAGCAAGAAGAGCAUCCUCAGAGACAAGCUCCGCUACGCCAUUAGCAUGAACACAGGCUUCGAGCUCUCCUAACACACACACACUCUCAAACGCACACACAGACUGGCCGGACGGCGUGUGUCCGAGACCCCAUACACACAGAGGUUAUGCAGAGCGUGCCCAUUACACACACAGUAACACCAGGGAUGCAUCAAAUAUUUGGCAACCAAAAUGAUUUGCCAAAAACUGGUAGAAAAAAAAUUAGGCAGUGGUGAAAAUAGUGUCAAAAUUAAAAACUACGUUUGUAUGCCUGUCACAAUAAUUAUAAAAUUGAGUUAUUGUACAUUUUUGUUGACCUAGAUAUUGGCCUUUUUUUUUUUUACUUUUCAAGAUGAGCCCUUUAACAUAAAUGAGCUGGUAUGUUGAUUUUGUUUAAACAAUACUGUUUUCUUUUCUUUUUUUUGGCUCAUAGAGACAUACUAAGUCCAUGUUAACAGUUUAGUAAUGUUAGAUGGGGCCAAUUAUAAUGGGGAACGAUUCCUGUAGCCAGCAUGCUAACAUUGAGUAGCUGUAUUGGACCAGAGUCAUAGCCAGUGUGCUAACUCUGCUUUAGCAAUGUUAGACGAGACCGGUAAUAAUGUGGGAAAAGGCAUGUAGCCAGCGUGCUAACAUUGUAGUAGCCAUGUUGGACGAGGGUCAUAGCCAGUGUGCUAAUGCUGCAUUAGCGUUGUUCUACAAGGAUGGUAGUAAUUUGUGACAAAGCCUAUAGCAAGUGUGCUAUCACUGGCGUUGGAUGAUGCUGUAACUGGUGUGCUAAUGCAACAGUAGUAAUGUUAAACGACAUCUGUAGCCAGUGUGCUAACACUGCCAUGUCAAGAAAGGUCAUAGCCAGUGUGCUACUGUUGAAGUAGCAAUGUUAGAUGAGGUCAGUUAUAAUGUGAAACAAUGCCUGUAGCCAGAAUGCUAAUAUUGCGCUAGCUAGUGUGCUCACGCUGCAGUACCAAUGUUGCAGGAGGAAUUCAAUUAUAAUGUGGAACGAUGCCUGUAGCCAGCGUGCUAACUAUGUAUUAUACAUGUUGGACGAGGGUCAUAGCUCACACUGCAGUGGCCAUGUUAAGCAAGGUCAUAGCCUCCUACUAAUGUUGGAGGGAGCUGGUUUUAAUGUGGAACAAUGCCUGUAGCCAGCGUGCUAACAUUGCAGUCGCUGUAUUGUAUGAGGGUUAUAGCUAGUGUGCUCACACUGCAAUACCAAUGUUGGAUGAGGAUGUUUAUAAUGUGGAGCGAUGCCUAUAGCAAGUUAGCUAUUGUAGUAGUAUAGUUAAACAAGGUCUGUAGCCAGCGUGCUAAUAUUGCAACCGUAGUCAGUUUGCUACUGUUGAGGUAGCAAUGUUAGAGGAGGCUGGUUAUAAUGUGGAAUGAUGCCUAUAGCCAGCGUGCUAACAUUGCGGUAGCUAUAUUGGAUGAGGGUCAUAGCCAGUGUGCUACUGUUGAGGUAACAAUAUUGGUUGGGCCCAGUCACUGGCAUACUAAUGGGAUGCUAGCAAUGUUUGAUUAGCCCGGUUGCCAGAAAACUAACAUCACAAAGCAGUUUUGGAUGAGGCCUAUAGCUAGUUUGCUAACACCACAGUAGUGAUGUGGAUGAGACUGGUUGGCAGCUUGCUAAUGCUGCAGUACCAAUGUUGGGUGAGGCCCAUAGCCAGUGUGCUAACACUGUAGUAUGGUAGUGAUGUUGGUUAAGGCUGUAGCUGUGUGAAGUUAAAGAGCAUUCUCUGAUUUGCAUGUUAGCAUGCGUGCAAUUAGACUUAAAAAUAAAAACAAAACAUAAAAGAUCUUUAUAUCAGAGGUCUGUCUUAUUUUAAUAAAAUUGUUAUAUAUAAUUUAAAAAAGUAAUUGUUGUGACAGGCUUACAUGUUCAGUCUAUGAUAUUCGGACUAAUGUUUUAUUUUGUUCGCAUAUAAAUAAGACACGCCCACUCAUACACACCUCCUACUGUUCCUCAUCUCUUUAAAAGGGAUCUUAUUAUCUUCUCCUCAGCAUCAACCGAAGCCAAAGGAGCUCCACAGGCCUUAUCGCCUCCUCAUCCUGGAGAUCUUUCACUCUUUGGAAUCUUUCUCCUCUCUGGGCAGGAGCCAGAUCCACUCAACCAUCUAACCACCCAUCCAUCCAUCCAUCUGUACCUUUAGAUCUUCUGGCUUAUAUUCAGUACAUCCAGCUCGACACGAUUAACUGAAGAAAAGCCUGUAAAGUCUGUUCUUUCUUCUGUAUGGAUUAUCCUCAUGAUGUUCCACUGAAAGAUCUGGAUCAGAUUUUAGUUUUUUGUUGUUUUUUUUCUAGUGAAACUCUGAAAGUGUAUUGUGUAUCCCUUUGUAUCUCCUCGUGGCUCCUCCUCCUCCUCCUGGACGUUCACGCGCAGUGAGGAACCCUCUCCUACGAUACUGCUGAAAGUCUAUGCCAGUCUUUCUCAGGCCUGCAGGCAGAGACGUGAUCUAUCACUCUCUCUGCAAUGGAAAGCAAUACACACACAAACGCACACACACAAUGCAAGCCAUGCAACACAGGACACGCAGCAACCCUGGCCUUCUCAGACACACUCCAUACCUGGGCCCAGUACAGAACCCAGUAGGGAACCCAGUACUGCGCCCUCGUUUCUUUUGUAUAGUUUAAAAAACGAUGUAACAGAAGUUGCAGAGACUCUGAUUGAGAUAUUUACUAUGGUGGCCCUUCAUGAAAUAGCUAGAAUAACAAAUUUCCAACGUUCCCUUAAAAACACUACAGGAGAAGAGGUGAAUUUUUUUUACAGGUGAAUUUUUUUUUUUGCACAUUGUUUUAAAACUUAGCGGAAGUUCUUUCGACUAUUAGAACUUCAAUACUUGUUUAACAGAUUUUAUUCAUACAAAACUGACAAACAACCAGACCCCAAAAACCCUAAAAGUACCUGGUUACACCUGAGCACUUCAUUCAUCAUGAGUAUCUGGAUUAUAUCUGGAUUCUGUCCUCUCUCUUGACAAUUUGAUUUUGGAGUGUUUUAAACACAUUAAGAAUGAAGAAUAUUAAUUCUUAUAAAAUUAUUAUAGAAAGGAAAUUGCAUAAAUAUUUCAGUGCGUGAACAGAUCUGUUAAACAAGUCCAUGUGUAGCUGUGUAGCUAACAUUGUUUUUUUGGUGAAGGUAAAUGAUUUUUUUUCCUUCUUAUUUGUGGUUUUUUUUUAUUUUUUUGGAAAUAUUGAAAGAUGCUGAGGACGUAUUUUUAUUUUAUGUCCUUUUUAAUAAUUAACAGGUGUAUUCUUUCCUUUUUCCACUUAUUCUUUCUGUUGGUUUUGCAGUUGGGGCAGUUUAUAGUCAUGAUUGUGUCACUAAUGAUGUUCUGUGUUUCAUUAUUUUAGCAUUUUGUGGCUGGUGAUGAUGUUUCUGUAUGGAUCCUAUGUGGUGCAGGAUGUAUUCUAUGAUAUAAAUUAUUACUUAUUAUUAUUAUUUUUUUUGCGGAAUGGCCCUGAUCUGACCACCAGUCCAGCUUCCUGUUCUCCUGGACUCCUGGAUAUGGAUCUGGAUCCUGCUGGAUUGGGAUUUGAUGGCCCACUCUCUGGAGUUGUUUGGUCUGCUGAAACCUAACCUUUAAAACAAGCUGAUAAAAAGAAGAAUCAUCCAACUGUCCAAUGAGGAUCCAUUGUGCUAUGAUGGAUUUCUAAGCCACGCCCACCUCUCACCAUCCAUUCGUACGUAAAGAGCGUCUCACUGGAAACAAGCCAUACGAGUUUCAGACCAGCUAUCAGACUGGACCUGGAAAGAGGAGGCCCAGCCCAGAGUGAUGUUGAUGGGUGUUGAAGUGAAUGUAGAGGACGGAGAGCGUUUCCGUGGUGAUUUGAAAGAUGUCGCCGCCCACAGACAGGACAGUGCUCGUUCUGGAGCCUAGGAUUGGUCGAUAUCUCCUCUAGCAUGAUGUCAUUGGAUGAUCCAAGCCUGUGAACUGUUACUGAUGUAGAAAACGAGGGCUUUUUGGUCAGUGUAA